AUGACUUCCGCUCCCAGUCCGGCGCAUGCCGAAAAUGCGAACGAGGAUGAUCCCUCAGCCGCUUCCGACUCUUUCUUCUAUGCCCACGAAGAUCACGAUGCCUCCCCCGGCCAUGAUUUGAUGAUGAAGGAUGAUGCGCUGGGCGAUGGCAAGCCUGUGAAGGACUCCCUCCCCAUGCAGAAGAGGCGUCGUGUGACGCGCGCUUGCGAUGAAUGUCGUCGCAAGAAGAUUAAGUGCGAUGGGAAGCAGCCGUGCACUCAUUGCACCGUCUACAGUUAUGAAUGCACGUAUGAUCAACCGUCUAACCGUCGUCGCAAUCCCGCUCCUCAAUAUGUCGAAGCUCUGGAAAAUCGUUUACACAAGGCGGAGGCCUUGCUCCGCGUUGUGCUCCCCGAUCUGAACCUGGACGACCCCCAAUUCGAUGUGCAUGCCACAGAGCAGAUGCUGGCAGCCAUCAAGCGAGAAAAACAACAAUCCCAGCAACCACCACCAGCGGCAUCGCUCGCGACUCCCAGCGAGCGGCGCCGAAGCUCGGUUGUCAUGACGGGCACCGACUCAGCAGCGGAUGCGAAUGGAGGGGACGAGUCGCUCCUCGAGUCGAUGGUCGACAAUUCUGGCUAUUUAGAUCUGGACGACCAGGGCCACUGGGACUACCACGGUCACAGCUCGGGCAUGAGCUUCAUCCGCCGACUGCGCAAGCAGCUUGGUGCUUCCGACAUACAGCCGCCGACGAUCCGGUCGCGACCGGUCACCCAAUCCAAGUUUGACAGCCCUAAAUCGAUAUCGGAAUCACCGCAGGAUGCGCCAUUGCCCCCCACUCAUGACCUGCCCCCACGGGAAGUCGCACGACGUCUGUGUCACAGUGCAUUUGAUGAUGGCUGCGCACUGAUGCGCUUCGCACACGAACCCUCAUUUUUCGCCAUGUUCGAUCGAGUGUACGAUACUUCGCCUGAUCAGUUCACCAACGAAGAAAACUCGUUCCUGCCGCUACUCUACAUUGUUAUUGCGGUCGGCUGUCUGUUCUCUGACGGUGGGGCAAAUCCUCUUGACGUUGCUGGAUACGAGGGUGCGAUUGGUCAAGGCUUUCAAUACUUCAAAGCAGGUCAACAGCUAUUGGAGAUCACUGAUUGCCGCGAUUUAACCUCCCUGCAGGCGAUUUGCUUCAUGGUACUCUUCCUACAGGCCUCUGCCAAGCUGAGUACUUGCUAUUCCUACGUGGGUAUUGCCCUCCGGUCCGCCUUGCGACUCGGCUUGCAUCGCAAAGUGACGGCGCAUUUCAGCCCGCUAGAGCAGGAGCUGCGGAAACGUGUCUUCUGGGUCAUAAGAAAGAUGGACGUCUACGUGAGCACGAUGCUGGGUCUUCCUUUGAUGUUGAGCGACGACGACAUUGAUCAGGAAUUUCCGGCGUCGGUUGAUUCCGAGUUCAUUGCUAAGGACGGCAUUCUGCCUAUGCCCUCCGAUCACAUACCUCUUAUGGCCGGAGCUAAUGCGCAUACGCGCUUGUCCAGCAUUAUCCUCAAAGUGGUGAAGUACAUCUACCCGGUGAAGAACGCUCAGCAUCGGGCUGGAUCGGAUCAACGCUAUGUGGUGAGCCACUCCAAGAUUCGGGAGAUUGAAAGAGAUCUUCAGGCUUGGAUGGAGGAGUUGCCAGCGGCACUGCGUCCGGGAACGGAGGUCUCUCCGCAAGUAGAGCGGAUCCGGCAAUUGCUGCGUAUUAGCUACGCCCACGUUCAAGUGAUGCUAUACCGACCCUUCCUACACUACGUCUCCAGCGGCUCGCAGGCUCGUGGGGUGGACCGUCGUUCUUACGCUUGUGCAGCGGCGUGUGUCAGUGUUUCUCGCAACAUUGUCCACAUCACUACUGGCAUGCACAAGAGAGGACUCCUAAAUGGCUCUUUCUGGUUCACUAUGUAUACCACGUAUUUCGCUAUUUUGUCACUCCUGUUCUUCGUCCUUGAGAAUCCCGACUCUCCAACGGCGAAAGACGGUGUUCUCAAGGACGCCAUGGAGGGUAAGACCACACUUGCUGGCCUGGCAAAGAAGAGCAUGGCAGCGGAUCGUUGCUCCCAGAGUCUAGUCUGCUUGUUCAAAAACCUCCCUGAGCUGCUCAAGAACCGGCAAAGUGCGACCGCCCGUGCGAACCUCAAGCGUCCGGCGCCUUCCAGCAGCGGUCGAGCGUCGGCCAAUAAAAGCUCCACCAUGCCCUCGGGGAUGCCGCCGCCGCAGCGGGCCAGCACCUUCCCUAAUCAGCUGCUACAUCGGUCAACCAAGUCGGAGGCCAGUAAUACGCCGAAGAGCCUAGAUGAUAGCGCUGCAACACGCAAUGUUGCAACCAACCCCCGUCAUAGUCAGCCUCCGACGUGGUUUCCGUCCACCCCGGAGCCUCCGGCUGAAGCGGUGUCAACGCCUUCGGAGACUGCGACCAAUAGUGUCUCAACCCGAGCGUCACCUGUUUCGACGUCAUUGCCACCCGGAGACUCGGGCGCAAAUGCAUUUAACGCACAGGCCUUUGGAAACCCCGGUAACUUCCCCGAUCUCAUGCCUAUUAUGUUCCCCUCGGACGAUCCGUUUGCCUAUCCGACGCAACCGAUGUCGACUCUGGAAAACGACCAUUUCCAAGAUGUGACCGGUGCGCCAGUCACCACUCAGUAUGCAUCGGGAAUUGCAUCCACAGCCGAUCACAACGGUGUCAGCACGCUUGCGGCCUCGUCACCGGCCGUAGAUGGAUUCGCAAACUUCUCACUCUUUUCCGGUGCACCUGGCGGCCUCAACAACAGCAUCACAAGCCGCCUAGCAAACCACCAACCAAUGAAUGCAUCUCAACUACAGUCACCCGGCUCCCACGCCUCAACGCCCAUUAAUAGCGGCGAGGCUGUCAACAGCCCCGACCUAGUCUCCCUGCCCAACCAGAACUUCCUAUGGCAGGGAUACAACUUCCAGCCACAGAACUUCACCGCGGAGACGACUGUUCCUCCGACGGCCGCAAACCUUGGACAAUUCGGCUUAGGUAUGGACGACAAUAACGCCCCGGGAUUGGGCAUGGGGCUGGACCUAGGACUUCCGUUGGACGAUAUUUUCGGAAAUGGAGAUGCGUGCCGCCCAGGCGGUUUAGGCGAUGAUUGGACGCAAUGGAUGAAUGUUGGAGGCUAA